GCAUACCUUCCUCCCGAGCUCUGGCCACUGCAAUAGAUCGAUCCUAUAGCUAACUGUUGCUAGCUCGAAGCCUAGUAGUCAGUGGAAGGAAGAACCGAAGAAGGGAAAAUCCUUUGAUUAAUUUGAUCAGAUUUGAGAUGGGGAGGUCGCCGUGCUGCUGCCACGAGGCGGGGGUGAAGAAGGGGCCAUGGACGGAGGAGGAAGACAAGACGCUGGUAGAGCACAUCCAGAAGCGGGGCGGGCACGUGGGCAGCUGGCGCGGGCUGCCCAAGGCGGCCGGUCUGAACCGGUGCGGCAAGAGCUGCCGCCUCCGCUGGACCAACUACCUCCGCCCCGACAUCAAGCGCGGCAACUUCACCGACGACGACGAGCGCCUCAUCGUCCGCCUCCACGCCCUCCUCGGCAACAAGUGGUCGACGAUCGCGACGCACCUGGAGGGAAGGACGGACAACGAGAUCAAGAACUACUGGAACACGCACAUCCGGAAGAAGCUGCUGCGGAUGGGCGUCGACCCCGUCACGCACCAGCAGCUGCCCCCCGAACAUCAACACCACCGCAGCAACCAACACCUCCCUGAGCCGCUCCUCUGGGCGGCGGCCGCCGCCAGCCUCGGCGGGCAGCUGGACACCGGCCUCAUCAUGCAGGCGCAGCUCCUGCAGCAGCUGCUCCAGGCCAUCGGCUCCAGCUCCAACAACAACACCAACAGCACGUCCAGCUUCGUCGCCAACCUUGCUGCAGGUGCAGCAAACGCAAUGCUGGGCUCGUCCGCCAGCAUCGUCCCAAAUCUCCUCCUGCAGGACCAGACGAUGGGCCUGUUGUCCGGCUCCGCGAACUACCUGCAGCCUGGCUACCUCGGCAACAUGUCCAAUUUUGCAGAACAAGACGUGGUGCAGCAGCAGCUGAUCAACGCUGCUACGAGUACGAUGGCUCGAGAUGGAACGAGCUCCUCUGCAGCAGCUGAGCCGGCUGGUCAUCAUCAGCAGCAGCAGCACUGUGGCACGGCUGUCGCGUUCGUGUCAGACGAUGCUGUGGCGCCGGCGCUUGAGCGGCCGCCGGUGGUGCAGGAGUUUGCCGACUUGCUGGAGCCCAUGGAACAACUGCCCAAUCUGUGUUCUCUGGAGAGCGAUUCUUUCUGGAAGGACAUACUGGAGGACAGCUACCGUCUGUGCUGAAACUGCAGAUACGUGCUAUAUAUGACACAGUUUUGUACAUAUGAUCUGUAAACGUCUUAAGCGAAUUCAUGGGGGUACGGUGUUAGAUCGAUCGAUCGAUCAGAACAUCUGUAUGCUGAGAGAUGAGAGGAGACAUGCAUUAAUUGAUCUGUUUGUGUGCUUACUAGGAUUUUGGUUUGUAUCAAUGAAAAGGUUGGAAGAUUGCCACGUUCGAUCAUAA